CAUGACUUGCUCAUUGGGCCCACAGUGUGCUAGAAAUCACUCUUGUGCAUGUUUUUGAAUGCCUUUCAAGCCCCUUUUGCUCAUUAUCGGUUGUCUGAUCUAACCAAGAUUGUUGAUGCUUAUUAUUGUAAUCUUAAGUAUAAAUUAAGUAAAUACAUUAAAGCAGAUGGCCAAACUGUUGCAGAUUGGUGCUCCCAUUAGUGUGAACAUGGUUGGAAUCUGACAAUUCAUGAUAAAAAUGCAGGAGGCAUCCAAAACCAUGCUCAACAGUGAUUUUUACUAUAUCUAAUGUGGUUAUAAGUACACUGUCCUUCUCUUCAUCUGCACACCCACAGAGCCCUUCACACAUGCAUAACCAGUCCACUCUGGGCCUUGUAAUGGUAAUCCAAGGCCCACAAGCUCCGCUUCUGUGUCUUCCUGUUGCUGUAUUUUUGUGACAGUUGAAUGUUUCACAGCUGAAUGCCCCCCCCAUCAUGGUUACGGAUUCACUGCAAGCUUGGAGUUUCUGGUCUUUAUUUUGUUAUUGCUAGAUUUCCAUACCUGUUGUGUGUCAGUUUUCUUUGUGUACUAAGAUCCUACUCUAUAGUGUAUCAUAGUAUCAUAUAUGUAUGCGUGCGAUACAUAUAUUGGCCUCUUCUUCCCCCUUCUCCUUCUAACUUCUUACAUAGUGGAUGUUAUUGGAUGUAUUUAUCUUGAUCAUGAAUUCUUUUUUUGCCUGAUAAUCGUCUCUUUAAAAUACACUCAUAAUGUAGGAGUAAACCUUGUAGCUUAGACCACACAAAGACUCAUGCAUUUAUUUAACAUAGGCAAUCUUACUCUUCAACUCAAGUUCCCGAGCCUUUAUCCCUCUCCCCAACUGCCCUAACACUCCUUUUGCUGGAGGACACUGAUUGUUACACGCUGGUAGAUUAUGACAAUAAUGACAAUGGUGGUGGUGGUUGUGCUUAUGAUGAUAGUGUGAUUUGAGUGUUUUGUUUGUCUUGAUGUUUUCAUCCAUGCCCACAGGGUAUAGCUCCUCUUAUUAUUGGAAUAUUUUUGGUUUUUUUCUCCUCUCUUCUCUCUGCCAGGAUAACAUCGGGCACCGGCUGCUUCAGAAACAUGGAUGGAAGUUGGGGCAAGGACUUGGCAAGACCAUGCAGGCGAUUUGAUCCUGCCCAUGUUGUGCUGAUGGUAAACUUAGUGGACGCACCGACCCUGUGCCCAUUGUUCUUAAAUAUGAUGUCAUGGGAAUGGGCCGAAUGGAGAUGGAGCUGGACUAUGCAGAGGAUGCCACGGAGAAGCGGAGAGUGCUUGAAGUGGAAAAAGAGGAUACAGAAGAGCUGCGGCAAAAAUACAAGGACCAGGUGGAAAAGGAGAAGGCUAUCGCAAAAGCUCUGGAAGACCUGAGAGCGAAUUUCUACUGCGAACUUUGUGACAAGCAGUACACAAAACACCAGGAAUUUGACAACCACAUUAACUCCUAUGACCACGCGCACAAACAGAGGUUAAAGGAGCUGAAGCAGAGAGAGUUUGCUCGAAAUGUGUCCUCCCGUUCUCGGAAAGAUGGAAAGAAGCAGGAGAGGAUGCUGCGUCGACUUCAUGAGCUGGCUGAGCAGAGGAAACAGGACAAACAGGACCGUACACCUGGAAGUGGCCCCAUGUUCAAAACGACAACAGUUGUUGUUGAUGGCGAGAAAGAAGGAGAUGGUGACAGCAUGUCACUGGAGAACCCCGUUUUGACAGAGGCCAUCCUUGAGGGAUCACCGUCGGAGAAAACUGGCCAAUCCUCCCCGAAGCCCAGCCCAACUAUUAAUUUUUCCCUGGGGAAGAGCACAUCCUUAUCCCCAACCCCCAGUAGUGCAUCAAAAGUCAGUGUAUCAUUCUCUUUUGCCAAGAAAGCUCCCGUAAAGCUGGAGACGGUGGCUGCUGUGUUUGCUGAUCAUGGCGAGGAGGCUAUGGAGGAGGAGGAGGAGGAGGAGAAUCAGGAUGGGGAUAAGGCUGUAGGACAAGAGGAGACAUCCGGCUGCAUCACAGACAGUCCCAGGGGAGCUCCUGAAGGAGAUGAAGGAGGAGAGAAAGAUGGUGCAGCUGGGGCGGAAGAGGAGCAGCAGCCUGAUGACGGUGGCUCCCUGGCCUCAACUUUAAACAAACUCAAGAUGAUGAUGAAAAAGGAUGAAGGAUUUUGUGGACCGGAGUACUACCACUAUGUACCUCCAGCUCAUUGUCGGGUGAAGCCUAACUUCCAGUUUUUGUUGUUCAUGAAGGCUUCUGAGGAGUGUCAGAGCAAAGAUGAUGAAGAUGACGAGGAAGUAGAGGAAAUGCAAAAGGAUGAAGAAAGUUCUGAUCAGACAGAGCCCAAAGGAAGCGAGUGUGAAACUGAAAAAGAACAAGGUAAUGAUUCAUCAGCAGCUGACCCAGAGCCACCGCCUUCAUCACCUAAAGUGAAGAUGGAGGUAGAUCCCUCUUCUUGUGCACUGGACACAGUUUCCACCGUCCCCAGUUCUCCUACUCAGAAAAUAGAGAACACACAAAAUACAGCCGAUUCAAACACCGGUCCAAAAAUCCCAACGGGUCCCUUCUUCCCUGUUCUGAGCAAAGAUGAGACCACCACUUUGCAGUGGCCUACAGAGCUCCUUGAAUUUACAAAAGCUGAGCCUUCGCUGUCUUACAGCUGUAAUCCUCUCUACUUCGACUUUAAGCUUUCAAGAAAUAAAGGAUUGCGUGGUGGGAAAGCAGCAAAGUCCCCGAAGCCCAACGAAGAGGCUGAUGACAAAGGUCAAGAUGUAGCUGCUUCGACGUCUGAAGUUGCUGCACCUGUACCUGAAACAUCCACUGAUAAAGACACGCCUGCAAUGAAGGGAGAUCCCAGCCAGCCAGAACUUGAUGAGCAAAAACCCACGACUGCCAGCAGUAGUGCGAAAAAGAAGAGAAAAAAAAAGAAGAAGCAUAAGAAAUCUGGAAAACAUUCAAAACGCAAAGGAAAAGAAAAAGAUGGAGUUGAAGAGGCAGAGGAGAAUUUUGAGGCAACCCAAGAGAAACCUAAAAAGAAGAAGAAACACAAACGGAAAAAGAGCAAAAAUAAAGCUCAAGAUCAAGAAGGGGCAGCUGGUGAUGACAAAGAAAAAGUUAAGCCAAAGUCGGAAGAUAAAGCUGCUGGUUCCUCUGUUCAGCCCACAGCUGGAGGAGGAGGAGGAACCACAGGAGCUGAGCUGGGAAAAAGGAAACGUGCUGCAAAGGAAGUGCCUUCUAAGACUGGAGCAGAACAAGGCGGAAGUGGAAAAAAUAAUGACAAGGCCAACUCCUCAGAAGAUCACGGUGGCUCUAAAAGACAAAAAACUGACUCUAGUGGAUCGCAAAGUGCAUCCUGCUCCACCUCUGCCCAAAAAAGUCCGGGUCAUGGUAGACCACCCAGCAGUGAGAGUGAGGAAGAAGGUGGCUCCAACACCCAACACUCGCGUCGUCACAAGUCCAGCCCACGGGAGCAGCGUCGCCACCACAGCGAAGAAUCCAGGCGGUCGUGCAGCCGCUCAUCGAGGCGGGGGGAAAGACGUGGCAGCAGCCGGCGGCGCCAUCGUGGCCAAACCUCUCGCAGUCGCUCUUACUCUAGCAGCUCUGGGCAAUCCUCAGCAAGAAGCAGUGCCUACAGUCACCGUAGCCGCAGUUACUCAGACAGUUACAGCGACUACAGCACAGAAGGCCGCAGACGGAGGCACUCCAAACGUUCGUCAGACUCCGAGUACGAGCGAAGAGGCAGUCGAGGUCGUAGACGAUCCAGGAGACAUCAGUACUCCUCUUCCUCCUCAGAUGAUUCCCGCUCACGUUCACGCAGCUAUAGCAGAAGGAAGCGGCACCGGCGACACCAUCGCAGCAGCUCGAGAAGUUCCAGCAGCUGGAGCCGCAGCUCUAGCACAAGAUCAUGGAGGCGUAGCUACAGCCGUAGCCGAAGCUCAGCGAGUCGGUCCUCCAGUUCCAACAAAGGCUCCCCUCUCAGACGAAGCGCCAGGGGUCGAGCAGACAGUGACACACAUCGGAGAGAUUUCAACCGCUCCCGGAUCUAUCGCUCCCAGUCUCCUCGCACAUCAUCGCGAAGCCUUAACCGUAACACCCAUGCAUCCACUUCUCAGACUUUACGGCCAGUCGGGUCUCGUGAUGCAGGGGAACACAAAAAUAUGCUCACGGCGCGGCAGCUGCUUGAGAGGGUUCAGUCCAAGAGAGGUUCUGAGGAUUCUGCCUCAGCAACAAAAUCUGGGAUUAAGAUUAAGGACCCACCACUGGGUUACUUUGGUCCUAAAUUACCACCAACCCUGGGAAGCAAAGCCAUGUUGCCCCUUUUUGGUAAGCUGCAGGCAGGAAAGAAACCAGUGAUUCCCCUAACAAGACCCAAUGAAGGAGAGAAAUCAGGAACGGGAAAGGGUUCUGAAGCAGAUGGAGAGGUCAUCCUUGUAGAACCUAUAAGAGAGUUCCCUCCUCCUCCACCACCUCCAGCCCCACCAGUGCAGAAGGUUGAGGAGGUCCCACAGAACACAGUGAUGCAAGAAGAGACACAAGAACAGCCAACCUUAGAAGAGCAAGUACACCAAGAACCCCAGCCACUGUUUGAACAAGAUCCAUCCAUGAUGAUGCCUCAGUAUCAAGCAGAUCCAGGUCAAGACCCCUCACAGAACCCCAUGAUUGAGUCCAUCAUGCCUGAAAUGCAACCUCAAGUACAUGGCUACCCUGCUUACCCUCCGCCCAAUCUGGAGGAGGACGGCAUCGAGGCUGAGGAGGAUGGACUGGCCCCUUUGGAGAGUCAGCCCAUCACAUUCACACCAGAGGAGAUGGAGAAAUACAGCAAGCUGCAACAGGCUGCACAACAACAUAUUCAGCAGCAGCUUUUGGCCAAGCAGGUUAAGGCUUUUCCCUCAGCUGCAGCCGCUGCGGCCGCAGCAGCUGCAGCUGCUAACUUAGCCCCAGCUCCUCCUCCUCCAGCCAUGCAACAGAUCCACAUUCAGCAGCCGACUGUCUCUGUAGCCUCCGGCACAUCCAUCACCACUGUCCAACACGCCAUCCUGCAGCACCAUGCAGCUACCGCUGCUGCAAUGGGCAUCCACCCUGCACACGCCCACCAUCCUCACCAUGCACAUGCCCAGCUGGCUCAGGUGCAUCACAUUCCCCAGCACCACUUUACUCCUAUCUCCUUGUCCCCUUUAGGCCACGCUCUCGGUCAUUCUUUGGGACACUCUCUGGGGCAUGCAGGGCUAAUUCCUGCCCACCCAACAGCCUUCCUGUCUGGUCAACCUAUUCAUAUUAUCCCAGCUUCUGCGCUUCACCACACACCAUUGGCGCUCCACCACAUCCCACACACAGCCCUCUAUCCAACACUAUUUGCACCUCGGCCCUCACAGGCUGCAGCAGCAGCAGCAGCUCUCCAGCUCCACCCACUUCUGCACCCGAUUUUCUCAGGACAGGAUCUCCAACACCCACCUAACCACGGCUCUUGAGUGACAGUAGAUAUGAAACAGGAUAUGGACAACACUCGACCACUGACAUAGGAGUGCAACGAUCUUGAUGUAGGGAUAGAAAUGAAGCCUUUCAUCUGUGUAUAGGAAGUCAGUCAUGCCAACAGUGGUCAUUACAUGGUGCAGCCUGUGUUUGGUUAAAAAGUUGACACUAGCAUUUUCUAUUGUUUCAUUUGGGUUUUUACGUUUCCUGCCCAUGUUUCCUGUUAUAAAGGCAGGUUUGUAGAAGUAGAGAUGUUCUGUUGAGAUUGUUUUAUAAACCAGUUUGGGCUGUAUUCACUACUACACUAGUAGCUUGUUUUAAGCUUUCCUCAUUGAUGCGGUCACAAUCUUUGCUAAUUUUGGAAUCCAGAGAGAUCCAUUUUGGCUGAGAUUAUAUAGCGGAUCAUGUCAUAGAUUUUGUUACAUAAAACCAACAGUUUCACCUCUUUUUUGUGAUGUGCUUAUAGAUGAACAACCUCAAUGAUGUGUGAUACUUCUCCCCAUAUAACUACCUGCUCUUUAUUGAAUUCUUGGUCUCAAAAUAAUUUGUAUUGCUGUAAGUUGUACAUAUGUCAGUGUAUAAUGUGAAGGAGCCAGCCAUCGGUGACCAUAUGAAAUAACUAUUGUGUCUAAACUGGUAUGACAUUGUCAUAAAAGAAGUCCUCUCUAAAUUUGGAGAAAUUGGGCAAAGAGGUUUUAACAUCUGUAAUACUCUGAGGCAACGCUCCUGUUUCCCCAUUGGAGGGUACGUGUGAAUGAAUUGCACUGAAAUCUGUACAUUGGGGUGUUGCUUUUGCAUCAUGUACCAAUAAGAUUGUAGUAUACUGCAAUAAUUGUAUUUUUAUUUUUAAAUUAUUUUCCAAAUGCUCUUCAGAGGAAGAGCUUUGUUUGGCUUUUUCUGUAAUUAUGUAAAUAAAAAUGCUGUAGAUUAACCUAUUAACAUUCUGAAAAGGUUGACACUGCUGUUGGUAAAGCAGACAAAUAACAAGUUAGUUAUAAACAUGGAUACGUAUUUUAUCAAGGUUGGUUGUUAAAUCGUUCCCACUGAGGCCGGCUGGGACCGCAUACAAGUUACCCGUCAAAAAACAAAAGUAGUGGCUCUGUAUUUUUUAAAAACGUAACUGUUUCAACAAAUAAAACUUUGAGCUUA